GUAUUCUCAAGAUCAAAAAUUAGAAUGAAAAUUUUUCAAUUCAAGACUUUAGGAUGAGGAAGAAGAGAUUGAAAAUAAAAUAAAUCAUUAAGAUAAGAAAGAUGAAAAUAUUAUGGCUGAAAAUGAAUUUAAAAAAUUUAUUACAGAAUAGAAUGAAUUGAUAGAUAAUAUGAGAGCUUAGUUUUUAAGAAAGCUUUUAAAAAAUUAAUAAACAGAAAGUUCGAGAAAUAAAGGAAUUAUCGAAGUAGAGUUUAUAUGAGUCACAAAUUAAAUAAUAGACAGUUGAAAAUUCAAGUGAAUA